AUGGACAGAGCAGUCAAAGGAGCAACUAAAUCAAAAUGUGCAGCACCUAAACAAAAAUAUCUUGAGGCAACUUCAAGUAGUGAUGCUUUGAAAACAAUAUUUGCGUCAUUAGAACAUCGUUUACGAGAAAAUUCUUGGACGAUCGUAUUCAAAAGUCUUAUUGUGAUUCAUAUUUUGAUGAGAAAAGGGGUUGAUGGUCAAGUUUUAAGUUAUUUAGUUAGAAAACCAAAUAUUUUAAAUUUGUCAGGUUUUAAAGGAUCAGGAAUAGGCAAUGGAGCCGAACAAACUAAAAAUAUUCAUUCAUACGCUGCAUACUUGGAAGAAAAGGUUUCAGUAUAUCGAGAGUUAAAGGUCAAUUUUGUUAAAGAAAAGAAAUUAGAGAAUAAUAGUCGUUUAAGAAGACUUACAGUUGCCAAGGGUCUUUUGCGAGAAGUUAAGAUUCUUCAACGACAAUUAGAUGCUUUAUUAAAUUGUAAGUUUUAUCUGGACGAGGUUGCUAAUUAUGUAACAUUGACAGCAUUCAGACUUAUUGUCAUCGACUUGCUAGUACUUUUUGAAACAACGAAUGAAGGCGUUAUUAAUAUGUUAGAACAAUUUGUUAGUAUGUCACAAAUAGAUGCAAAAGAUGGAUUAGAAAUUUAUAAAAAAUUUGUGAAACAAACUGAAAAAGUUGUUAUUUAUCUAAGGGCUGCUCAAAAAUUACAAAGUGUACUUGGUAUCAAAAUACCCAACUUAAAACAUGCACCAGUCUCAUUGACAAUUGCAUUGCAAGAUUAUGUCGAAGAUCCAAAUUUUGAAGCAAAUAGACGAGAAUAUAGAAAUACGCAAGAAAAAAGUAAAAAUGAAAAUAAUAAUAAAUCUGCCACAAGAAAAGAUGGAGCAACAACGACUAUAUGCUCCAGUGAUAAUAACAGUAAUGCAAACUUUUUGACCAAAAAGGAUGCAACUUCAGCUUCAUCCAUUUCUAAAACUGCGGCAAAUCAUAAUCAGAUGGACUUUAUAGAUUUUUCUUCUAAUAUUGAAAGAAGGAGUAAUAUUAUGACUACUACUACUAUUACGGAUACAACCACUAAUCCAUUCUUAGCUGAUCAACAACGACAAUUGCAACAAACAACUGCAAUGACAGCCUCUUCACCUCAUAAUCCUUUUGGACAAUUUUCUCCUCCUGCUUUUACUAAUAAUAACAUUAACAGUGGUAAUAAUAGCAAUCCAUUUGCUUCACCGAUGCAACAACAAAAUCUACUAUAA